CCAAUAGGUGAAAAGGAGGGCGUUACGGCUUGCUCCGUCUCUCUCAUAAAUUUUGGAACAGGAGAGGCCCUUGUAGAAAGCUCUCCUCUUGAAGGAAGAUGCCGUUGAAACAGCAACUUUGCGCCUUGCUGGCUUUCUGCUGCAUCACUCUCUCCAUUGCUCAAAAUGACCCCUUAUUAACUAUAGCUUCAGGUCCUGAGGACCCGCCGUUCACGGUAGGUUCCGUCCUUACCUUAUCUUGCAGUCUGAUAGAUCCUGAUGUGGAUGACAUCAGCUUUGAAUGGAUAGCAGAGUGUCCUCCAAAUUAUGAAUGCUUCUCUGGAAACUUUACUCAAAACAUAUCAACUCUUUCAAGGGAUACUGUCCCAGUUCUUACCUCAGUCGACACAGGGAAUUACAGUUGUUUUGUAACGUAUAAUGAUGGUAAUGAAACUGAUGAAACUACAAUUGAAGUAAAAGCAACAGGAGUUGGUGUCUACGAAGGAGCUAGUGGCAUUACUGUCAAUGAUGGAAUGAAUUUCAUAGCUAAUCCUAGUGGCGUCUUGUCACUAGAGCUUCAUUGUAUAGGAGCUAGUGGCUCUGGAAACUGGACCAAUACUCAAGGCUUGGAACCCACCGAUGACACUCUAUUUGAUAUCACCGAGGCUUUUGAGAGUACCAUAAUGACGGUGAAUGGUAUACUUACUCGUAAUCUUGAGGGAUACUAUACUUGUGAUGCUGAAGAUGAAAAUGAGGUGGUAGACUCCAUAAGAGUUGGUCUCUUUCUAAAUGAACCAGGUCCUCCACUUUCUGCUACAUUGUCAGUUGACCAGAACCCAGUUCUUCUUGGCUCUACUGUUACUCUUGAAUGCUUUGUACCAGACAUGAACCAGCUUUCACCUCAACUAGUCUAUUCAUGGUUGCUCAAUGGGUCUGCAUUGUCUCUAUACAAUACCAGUUCCAUUAGUAUUACUUUGACUGAUCCUGAACAGUUUGGGAAUUAUGCUUGCUAUGUUAGCAACUCUUUUGGAUCAGAAAUGGAUACUCUAUUCCUUCAACGAGCUUUCGUACCUACUGUAUCCUCUCAAAUGAUGAACUAUGUAGUUGACGAGAAUUCUACAGUUACAUUCCAGUGUACUGGUACUGGCGUUCCAGAACCAGAUAUUACCUGGUAUAGGAACGGAGUACCUAUUACUGAUACUAGAUUCAGUGAAUUAACUGAAUCUAUGCUUGAUUCAUCCUCAUUGAUAUACAGUGUCAAUGGAUCACUGACACUUAAUAAUGCAUAUAAUACUGAUACUGAUACUGGGUAUAGCUGUACUGCUACUAACACUUUUGGUAAUGCAAGUGAUUCAUUUGGCCUCGCUGUUAAUUUUGGCACAAGAUUAUUAACAGCUCCAAUGGAUCAAACAGUUACUGAGUUUAGCAGCAUAUCACUGUAUUGUACUGUUUCUGGAUAUGAGAGACCUACCAUUAGUUGGACCUUCUCUAACACUCUUCUCUCUAAUGGAACUGAUGGUGUCAUUAUACAGGAGAUGAUGAAUGGCAACUAUGAACUGACUAGUAAUAUAACAUUGACUAAUGUCGAUAGAUCAAGUGCUGGUACUUAUCAAUGUACUGGUAGCAAUCCAUUGAAUGAUGUCACUGCAAAUGCAUUAUUAACUGUUAACUUUAUUCCUGACAUUACUGAGUUGCCUGCUAAUAUUACAGUAAUUCAACCAGUAGCAGCUCAAUUUAACUGUUCAGCUAAUGCAAUACCUCAACCAACAAUACAAUGGAUAAAAAAUGGAGCUACUCUAUCAUCAAAUGCUAAAUACACUAUUACAACAACUAGCAGUACUUCUACUGAUAGAUCUAGUACACUAACAAUACUUGAUUCUACUCCAUUAGAUGCUGAUGAUUAUUAUUGCUCUGUUACUAACAGUGUAAAGACUGUCACUGCUUCAGCUACUCUAACUGUUCAUGUUGUCCCUACUGUAAUAUCACAAUCACCCACCUACACAGUUGAUGAGAAUUCUACGAUUAUAUUCCAGUGUACUGGUACUGGUGUUCCAGAACCAAAUAUUGCCUGGUAUAGGAAUGGAGCUCUUAUUACUGAUUCUAGAUUCACUGAAAUGACUGAUCCAGCUUCACUCAAUUCAUCUUCAUUGAUAUAUAGUGUCAAUGGAUCACUGACACUUACUAAUGCAUAUGAUACUGAUACUGAUACUGGGUAUAGCUGUUCUGCUAAUAACACUGCUAGUACUGUAAGUGAUUCAUUUGGCCUUACUGUUAACUUUGGGACUAGAUUAUUAACUGGCCCUACUGAUCUAACAGUAACUGAGUUUAGCAAUGCAACAUUCAGCUGUACUGUAUCUGGAUAUGAGAGACCAUCUAUUGAAUGGAGCUUCAUGGAACAGAGUUCUAAUGCUCCAUUUUCUUCCCUCUCCAAUAAUGCUAAUGGUGCCAUUAUAAAAGAGAUGACAAGUGGUAGUUAUGAGCUCACUAGCACUUUAACACUGACUAAUAUCAGUGAAUUAGCUGCAGGUGUUUAUAGAUGUACUGGUAGUAAUCCAUUGGCAAAUAUCAGUGCAGAAGCUACACUAACUGUUAACUUUGGUACAAGAUUAUUAAGAGCUCCAAUGGAUCGCACAGUUACUGAGUUCAGCAGCAUAUCACUGUAUUGUACUGUGUCUGGUUAUGAAAGACCUACCAUUAGCUGGACCUUCUCUAACACUCUUCUCUCUAAUGGAUCUAAUGGUGUCAUUAUACAGGAGAUGACUAAUGGCAGUUAUGAACUGACUAGUGUUAUAACAUUGACUAAUGCCAAUAGAUUAGAUGCUGGUACUUAUCAAUGUACUGGUAGCAAUCCAUUGAAUAAUGUCACUGCAGAAGCAUUAUUAACUGUUAACUUUAUUUCUGAUAUUACUCAGAUCCCUACUGAUAUUACAGUAAUUCAACCAUUACAAGCUCAAUUUAACUGUUCAGCUAAUGCAAUACCUCAACCAACAAUACAAUGGAUAAGAAAUGGAACUAUUCUAUCAUCAAAUGCUAAAUACACUAUUACAACAACUAACAGUACUUCUACUGAUAGAUCUAGUACACUAACGAUAUUUGAUUCUACUCCAGUAGAUGCUGGUGAUUAUUAUUGCUUUGUUAAUAACAAUGUAAAGACUGUCAAUGUUUCAGCUACUCUAACUGUUCAUGUUGUGCCUACUAUAGCAUUGCAAAUGACCACCUACACAGUCAACGAGAAUUCUACAGUUACAUUCCAGUGUACUGGUACUGGUGUUCCAGAACCAGGCAUUACCUGGUAUAGGAAUGGAAAUGAGCUAUCAACCAGCAGUAGGAUCACGAUCAAUAGUGGAUCACCAAUUCAAGAUGGUUCGACACUGAUAUAUCAAGUUAGCGGUAGCCUUGAGAUCUCACCAGUAGCUGAUAAUGACAGUGAUACUACUUAUAAUUGUACUGCUAGCAAUACUGCUGGAAGAGCUACAGAUCAAUUUGCAUUAGAUGUAUUGGUUGCUCCUGUCAUUAUAAGUCCGCCAUCAGACACCACUGUCACCCAUCCUGACCCAUUCUCGUUCACCUGCGUAACCACCGGUCACCCACGUCCCAACAUAACAUGGUACAAGGUGACUGAAGGUACUAAUGGUGCCACAGAGAGUGUAAUGGCUGAUGAUCGUACUAGUAUCACUAACACUCAAAGUGGUGAUAGAGAAUUGACUAGUAGUAUCCGUGUUACUGGAGCUAUACCGUUUGAUGCUGGUGUAUAUACCUGUGAAGCUACUAACGUUGUUAUUGCUUAUAAUAAUAGUGCUACUGCAGUCAUUAACGUGCGACCAAAUAUUCUCUACCCAUCAUCUAAUGCAGUAUUUUAUGUGAAUGAGUCAAGCUCAAUAUCUAUCCUUUGUUCUGCAACUGGUCUUCCAUCUCCAUCCAUUACAUGGUAUAGGAACACAGUUCAACUCACUGGUGUAUCAGAUGGACAGUUUAAUAAUAUCAAUGGUCGAAUCAGUAUCAGCGAAUCACUGAUUCAAGAGUUUGUUACAGCUGAUGGUGUUAUUAAUCAGACGAAUCAGACUUUGACUCUUAUGGCUAACAGAAGUGAUACUAAUGAUAAUUAUACUUGCAGAGCUGAUAAUGUUGGACAGGACCUUGUGACGUUUGAAAUUUUUGUACAAGUUCCUCCUGUUGUUGUACCACUGGAUGGUGACAGUCACAGAGUUGCAAUAGAAGAUAGAACAACACUACUAUCAUUUAGAAUAGACGACGCUGCUCCACCUGUUUCACCUUCAAAUACUUACUGGAGGUUCUCCCCGUUAUUUUCAAACGAUCCUUAUGCAAGUGAUACUGAAGAUAUCACUGGAUUAAGUACCAGGAGAGGAGAUUCAGCGUAUUCCUAUAGCAAUGGCAGACUGAAUCUUACUAUAUCAGGAUUGAAUCAAACUGAUGAGGGACGAUACUUUUUGAUUGCUAUCAAUCCUGCAGGAGAACAUUAUGGCCAUAUUGAUAUCAUUAUACAUGGUCCACCAUACAUCAUCCAAAGGCCCUCAAAUGCUACAGUGCUGAAUGGGGGAACUGCUACAUUCAUUUGCUAUGCUGUAGCUGAUCCAAAUCAUGAGAUCUAUUGGAUGUACAACUCAACAAUCAUUGCCAACACAACAAGCAAUGGCUAUAGCUCCAAUCCCAGCAAAUACAGUAUUGUCUCUAGUAGAACAAAUCUUCAGAGCUUUGGAAGUUUAUCUGUUCAAGAUUUAGUUUUUGAUGAUCGUGGAGACUAUCAAUGUAUUGUUUAUAAUAAUAUCAGUAGCUUGAGUUUCACUGCAAGCCUAACUGUACAUGUUCGACCAAUAGUCUACACAAUCUCAAACUCAUUGUCGCUCCUCAUAGAGAAUUCCACUAGCUUGCAUUGUGUUGCUACGGGUUACCCUUUUGUCUCUAUCACCUGGAAGAAAAACGGUCAAAAUAUAUCGGAGACCACACCCAAUAUCACCAUGACAACCACGCCUGUAUCAUUGUCAAACUAUCCCGUGAAUAUGUCGAUACUUGAUGUUGCUAGGUUAGGGUCCGUGGGAGAGUUAGCUUUUGUUAGUGUGACGAGAAAUGAUACUGCUAACUAUACCUGUGUAGCUAGUAAUUAUUUACCUGAUACCAACUUGAGAUCUUAUGAAUCGGAAUCAACCAGUAUCACAGUGCUAGAACGACCCGAUCCUCCUACUGAUGUCAUAGUUACCUCAUACACAUCAAGAACUAUUGACGUCUCUUGGUCUCCUGGUUUUGACGGUAACAACCCGAUUAAAGGAUACUUUCUAUAUCAAAAGGAUCUUGAUAGAGACGGAGAUUUUAUACUAGCACUUCCCUCAACUACUCAUUCCUAUACCACAGAAUCUGGUACCAAUUUCAGAAUAAGUGAUGGCAUAAUCCCAUAUACUAAAUACACUUUCACUGUUGUUGCAUGUAAUGGAGUGGAUGGUACCAACUGCAGUGCUGUUGAUAGAGGAACACCCUCAAAUCCUGUGAGAAUUGAACCCGAUGCUCCUGAUUCUCCACCAUUCAACUGCACUGCUUUGCCUACAAACUCCUCCACCUCAAUCUCCCUUGCCUGGUCAGUACCACUCCAACCAAAUGGUCUCAUUACAAGCUACAGCAUCACAUACCUACCUCUAUCAUCAACUUCUGAGAGGGAAUAUGGUGCAGAGUCUAAUUCCACCAUUAGCACUCCUACUAAUGGCACUAGUUUUAUUGUUGAUAAUCUUUAUAAAGCUUCUUUGUACUCAUUUUCAUUGCAAGCCUUCACUGUCAUUGGAGGCAGCCCAAUAGCAACUGAUAUAUGUACUACAUCAACCAUUGAAGACAUUCCUGAAGGUGCACCACUUAAUGUUGGAAUUGUCACUGAUUCUUCAACAUCAGUUCAACUCUCUUGGAAUGCUCCUGACAGUCUCGUUCAAAAUGGCCGUAUCACGAGCUAUCGUAUAAGAUACUCUAUACCAUUCCAAACUCCAUUCAACCCUGUAAUAGUAUCUGCUCCUUCUACAACAGCUAGGAUAGAAAACCUUGAGAAAUAUACCAUUUAUAAUUUUAGUGUUGCUGCAGGGACAGCUAGAGGAUAUGGACCGUACAGUGAUUGGAUCAAUAUUCGCACUUUGAAUGACACGUCCAGUGUACCACUGAAUCUACAAGUGGUAGGCGAACCAGGAAGGACCAAUAUAACUAUACAAUGGAUGAUACCUGCAUUCCCUAAUGGAAUAAUCACUAGCUAUAAUGUCUAUUAUCAGCCAUUUAAAGCUAAUUCCGGUGGAGAGGAUCCUUCUUUUAACUCUUCAGAGAGAUCUGUUACUGUUCAAGCAAUUUCCUUGAGUACAACACUACUUGAUCUCUAUCCUAACAGCACAUACACUAUCAGUGUCACAGCUAUCAAUGGAGCUGGCGAGAGUCAAAGAAGCACUCCAAUAUCAGUCAACACACCUUCAAGCCCUCCUCCUCCUCCAAGUACCCCUACUAUACCGAGUGAUGCAGUCGAUGGUCGUAAGGUUAGGAUACAACUGGUAAGACCGUCAACUAUCAAUGGACCGAUAAGUCAUUAUCACGUAGUGGCUGUCAUUCUAAGAUCUGAUGCAGUUUCUGCUCCAUCAUCUCCUCCUGAUAUCCAGUUCCCAUCACUGGCCAGCCUUUCAACAUACUCCACUGCUCAAGAUGAUUAUGAUGGCUCCAGAGAGAUUGGCUAUGUUGCUGCUGAAUUUGCUGAUGCUCUAUUUCCUUCUGAUGGAUACUACAUAAUAGGAGAAGAGACUCAGCCUAAUGACAGAAGUGGUAGCUAUACUAAUGGAGAGCUCAGAUAUGGGACACCCUAUACUUUCUUUUUAAGAGCAUAUCCAUUCUUGUCUGAUGUAUCUUCUGCUGGUAACAACAAGAAGCAGAGCACAAGUGCAGAGAGACAGUAUACUGAAUUCACUUCCAGCAACUACACUGCUGUAGUCACUACCGCUACAAACCCUGGACCUGCAAUAGCAGGCUCUGUAGUGACAGUCCUACUGGUCAUCAUUAUAAUAGUGGUUGUGGUGAUAGUUGUAUUAUUCUUAGUUUACAGGAAGAGAACUGGAAUAUUGACAUUUGGAAAUAAAGAACCAACACAAGAAAUGAAAAGGAUAACCUCAGACACAUCCAUUCCUUCCAUGCCUCACAUGGAGUCAAAUGAUACGACAUUAAGUAGAACCUCUUUAGCAUUGUCUGAGCACUAUGAGGGACACCCUCCAAUCAGUGUGGCCGAAUUUGGAAAGAUUGUUGAUCGACUUCACGCAAACGAUAAUUACAUGUUUAGCCAGGAAUAUGAGGAUAUUAAUCGAUCUUCUCCUAACCCAUCUGUUGAUGUGUGUCUAAACCCAAUGAAUAAGCUAAGGAACAGAUAUGCUAAUAUCCAGUGCUAUGAUCACUCAAGAGUGAAGCUAACUCCAGUGGAAGAUUCUCCCCAUGAUUACAUCAACGCCAAUUUCAUACAUGGUUACAAUAGAGACAAUGAGUUUAUAGCUACACAAGGUCCUCUUCCUGACACAAUUGGUGACUUCUGGCGAAUGGUCUGGGACUAUGAGUCACCUACAGUAGUAAUGCUCACCAACCUGCAAGAGAAAAUGAGGGUCAAGUGCACCCAGUACUGGCCUGAUACUGUAGGGAGGAGUGAGCGUUUUGGUCCAAUCAGUGUGACAUUUAUAAAAUCAACUUCACAUGCUGACUACUGCAUUAGAGAAUUUGAGAUACAAACACAGGAUGAGAAAACCACUAGGAGCAUCAAGCAGUUCCAUUAUACUUCAUGGCCUGAUUUCGGAGUACCUCGCCACCCAACUCCACUGAUACAGUUUAUACAUACUGUAAGAAGGCACCACAAAUAUACAGACAAAAGACCAAUGAUAAUACACUGCAGUGCUGGUGUGGGUCGUACUGGUACAUUCAUUACCAUUGAUUCUGAAAUGCAGAGAGCAGAUCAAGAGAGAGAACUCAAUCCUUACCAGUUUGUAAGACAGAUGAGAGAAAACAGGAACCACAUGGUCCAAACUGAGGCUCAGUUUGUGUUCAUUCAUGAUGCACUAGUUGAGAUUCUCAAUACUGGUAAGACUGAUAUUGGCAUUGAGCAGUUGGAGGCUAGAAUGGCUGAGCUCGAGAUAGAAGAUGAUGAAGGAGAGACAGGAUACAGUCACGAGUUUUCUCGUCUGCAAAGCGAGAGAGCUCAUUUUGAUGAUUUUUAUAGUGCAAGGAAUGAUGCCAACAAAGACAAGAACAGACUGCACAAUGCACUACCUUAUGAUCACAAUCGCGUCAAAUUAACAAAGAUCCCAGGAGAGAUUGGUUCUGAUUACAUCAAUGCUAGUUUCAUUGAUGGCUAUAAAGCUAAGAACUGCUACAUAGCUGCUCAGGCUCCUAAGGACAAUACACUUAAUGAUUUUUGGAAGAUGAUAUGUGAGCAGCAAGUAUCAGUGAUUGUCAUGCUCGCCAACACUGAAGAAAAAGAACAAUUUGUAAUGAGUGCUCAGUACUGGCCCUACAAAAGAGGAGAAGAGUUAGCCUUUGGCUCAGCAAGUGUGACACUACAGCUAACAAAUCAUCAAGAGGAUUAUAUACACAGACAACUAAGAGUCACCUACACUCCUAGAGACACACCGCCAGAAACUAGAGUUGUCCAUCACUUUAGUUUCACUAGCUGGCCGAGGAGUGGUGCACCUUCAAAUGGAUCAGGCAUGAUUGAUCUCAUUGAUCAAGUGCAAAAGAGGCAACAGCAAACUGGGAACAAGCCAAUACUAGUACACUGCAGUGCUGGUAUUGGAAGGACAGGUGCUUUCUGUGCAUUGAGUAUAGCCAUUGAGAGAGUGAAAGUUGAACACAUUGUGAACAUUUACAACAUUGUCAAACACUUGAGGACACAAAGGGCCCAUAUGGUCCAAAAUCUAGAUCAGUAUGUCUUUAUUUAUCGUGCUAUACUGGAUUACGCAGAAUCACUUAAUAGCUAUGCUAAUUUUAAUAGUCAGGCAACAACUCUAACGGUUAUAUAACUAUUAAUUUAUUAACUGUAAUUUCAAUAAUAAUUAAUAUAACACAUACAAACACAGCGCUACUACAUAAUUUUUGUAUAUAUAAAUAGAAUUUUAAUAGCUAAUUAUGAUUGUGUCACACCACGUUACUAUUUUUAGCACCUUAGUUUUUGUUAACAA